AUGGAGAAGUAUGAGGCGUCAAACAUAGAGUGGCAACGCCGUAUCAUCCUUAGACAAGUGGACAAGUUGAAGUCUCCAAUCGGGAGAUCAAGAGCCCGAAAGCUUGAUGAUGCUCUAUGGGCUUAUCGGACUACUUUUAAGACUCCGAUUGGGACUUCGCCCUUCAAGCUAGUUUUUGCCAAAGCUUAUCGCCUGCCAGUUGAACUUGAACAUGAGUAUAAGGCUAUGUGGGCCUUAAAAAAAUUGAACAUGGAUUGGGAAGAGGUGACCAAACUCAGGUUGUUUCAACUCAAUGAGAUGGAUGAAUUCCGGUACCAGGCGUAUGAAAGCAAGCUAAAAUCAUGGUGGUCCGGUCCAUUUGAGGUGGUAAGUGUUUCACCCCAUGGGGCGAUUGAACUGAAGUUCGAAGAUGGAACUUGGACAUUUAAGGUGAACGGGCAGAGGGUAAAGCACUAUCAUGGAAUGGUUGAUGGAGAUAGAAUUGUUGAUCGAUACCGGUUGAAGCACCUUGGAACGAAUACUGAUUUGGAGAAUCCUGUCUAG